GCUUCUCCUCCCUCUGAGGAAAGGGACGGGGGGCGUUUAGGGGCGAUUCUCCCCCCUCCGGGAGCUGCUGUUUGUUCAGCCGGUCGUGUUCUCGGCCGUGCGGGGGCAGGAAGCACAGGCGGCUCCUCCCUGCGCCCUCCUCCUCCGCCUCCUCCUCGCCCAUGUCCAUUCCAAGAUGGCCGGGAUCCCUUUGUAUUUUGUGGAUUUGCAGGAUGACUUAGAUGAUUUUGGAUUUGAAGAUUAUGGACCAGACUGUGAUAGCAUGAGGAUAACAGCAUUCUUGGACAUUCCAGGACAGGAUAAUUUGACUCCACUGGCUCGUCUAGAAAAAUAUGCCUUCAGUGAUAACGUAUUUAACAGGCAAAUUAUUGCCAGAGGUCUUUUGGAUGUCUUUCGAGAUUUCAGUAACAAUGAGGAAGACUUCCUGACUGUAAUGGAAAUAGUAGUCAGACUCUCUGAAGAUGCAGAGCCAACUGUACGUACAGAGCUGAUGGAACAAAUACCUCCAAUUGCCAUUUUUCUGCAAGAAAGUCGACCAAAAUUCCCAACAGCAUUUUUUGAAUACCUUAUGCCCAUAGUAGUGAGGUAUCUCACAGAUGUUAACAAUCAGGUCAGAAAGGCAGGUCAAGAAGCACUGCUCAUACUGCUGGAACAAGAUCUUGUUGCUCAGAGUGACAUUGAAAACAAGGUGUGUCCAAUUUUGUUGGACCUCUCUGCUCCUGACAGUGAUGAUGAGUACAAGGUGGAAGCUGUGAAUAUAAUCUGUAAAAUGGCUUCUAUGUUGAGCAGAACAACAGUUGAGCACAUGCUGCUUCCUCGUUUUUGUGAACUUUGCAGUGAUGGGAAAUUGUUUCAAGUCCGAAAGAUUUGUGCAGCUAAUUUUGGUGACAUUUGUAAUGCAGUUGGGCAAGAAGCCACAGAAAGACUUCUGAUUCCCAAGUUCUUUGAACUUUGUUCUGAUAGUGUUUGGGGAAUGAGAAAAGCUUGUGCUGAAUGCUUUAUGGCAGUGUCCUAUACUACAUCCCCAGAAGUCCGCAGAAGCAAACUAUCCCCACUCUUCAUCAGUCUUAUUAGUGACACUUGUAGAUGGGUUCGUCAGGCAGCUUUUCAGUCUCUUGGCCCCUUUAUUUCUACUUUUGCAAACCCUUCAAGUGCUGGUCUUUACAUUCGAGAAGAUGGGACACUGAGUAUCCGACCGUCAACACAAGAUGUAAAUUCCAAUUCCUGUCAACCAAGCAACAAUAUAACUUUAAUUGCCUCUAGUACAAAUGCUGCAUCAUCCAGUUCGGAACAACCAAUGGAAAUCAAGUCAGAGUCAUCGACUGAGGAGACUUCAGCUGAAGUGAAUACGCCGCUCUCAGUUGAGAACCUGAAUAAAGACACGUGGGAAGCAAGUUCAGAUUGUUGUACAAAUCCUGGAGAAGAUCUGUCUAGGUUGUCUCAGGAUGACAAAGUUGUUGCUGGUGUGGUUGAAGUCUCUAAGGACAGCAAUUUUCCAGGAACGAACUCAAGGCUACGGUCUGCUGAGGAUGUGUUUAAUACUUUUCUAUACUGGCGCCCUCCUCUGCCUGAUAUAAGUCAGGACCUGGAGUUGCUUCAGUUCAAGACUGAGAAGCACAAAGACAACUGCUCUGUGCCAUGUAAUAACUGUGUUGCUAGUAGUGAAAUAAAAAAAGUUCUAGAAAGCUUACAGGAGCACAUAGAUGAUCCAGAUGUUCAAGCUCAGGUCCAAGUGUUGUCUGCUGCUCUAAGAGCUGCUCAGUUUGAUUCUGUUGGGGACUGUGAGACCAAAAAAAUGGAAGAGAGCAGUGGCAAACUUCAGAACAAGACCAUUUCAGGUGAAACAGCUGUUUCAGAUGCUACCCGCAACCAGCUGGAGGAAGACAUCCUUUCAUCCCCUGCAUCCCAGGAUGAUAUCAGCGAUGAGUCUGCCCCCAGUAUACUGAAAAGCACAGAUUCAGGGGAACAACACAGAGGAACCAGUGUAUUUUUAAAGAAAGAGCAAGAAAAUAAUCCACCGUUUGAAGAUGACAAGUCAAAGUUACAGGAUAUCAUACCUCAACCUUUACUAGACCAGUACUUGUCAAUGACUGACCCUGCUCGAGCCCAGACUGUUGAUACUGAAAUAGCCAAACACUGUGCAUAUAGUCUUCCUGGGGUGGCCUUAACGCUGGGCAGGCAGAACUGGCACUGCCUGAAAGAUACAUAUGAGACGCUGGCCUCAGAUGUACAGUGGAAGGUACGCCGGACGCUAGCUUUCUCUAUCCAUGAACUAGCAGUUAUUUUGGGGGAUCAGCUGACAGCUGCUGAUCUGGUGCCAAUUUUCAAUGGAUUCUUGAAAGAUCUAGAUGAAGUGCGCAUUGGUGUCCUUAAACAUCUCUAUGACUUCCUAAAGUUACUUCAUGCAGACAAAAGGCGAGAGUAUCUUUAUCAACUUCAAGAAUUUGUGGUGACUGAUAACAGCAGGAACUGGAGGUUUCGUUAUGAGCUGGCAGAGCAGCUGAUCCUGAUACUGGAACUCUACAAUCCCAAUGAUGUCUAUGACUACUUAAGACAUAUUGCACUGACUCUCUGCUCCGAUAAAGUUUCAGAAGUUCGGUGGAUCUCCUUCAAACUGGUUGUAGCAAUACUGCAGAAGUUCUAUGCAAAUAAUGCAAGUGCACUGGGACUAAAUUUCAUUAAUGAACUUGUAGUGCGGUUUCGUCACUGUUCCAAGUGGGUUGGAAGACAAGCUUUUGCCUUCAUUUGUCAGGCUGUGGUGGAAGAAGAAUGUAUGCCUGUUGACCAAUUUGUUGAACACUUACUCCCCAGUCUUUUAAGUCUUGCUUCAGAUCCUGUGCCAAACGUAAGGGUUCUGCUCGCCAAGGCUCUAAGGCAGACCUUAUUGGAGAAAGCUUAUUUUAAAAGUGUUGGCAAUCCUCAUCUAGAAGCUGCAGAGGAGACCAUUCUAGCUCUGCAAUCUGACAGAGAUCAAGAUGUGUCCUUCUUUGCUACCAUAAAACUAAAACAAAACAACAUGGACAAUACUCCCAUUGAAAAACAAAACUAAUGUGUUCUUCUGCAAUAGCCCCGGACGCCAAAAUGGUUAUUUGCACAACAUUCAUGGUUAGUAUGAAUAAGGUGAACAAAUAAGAAAAUCAAGUUUUUAGCACAAAGUGACAAAACAGCUAGAAAGGGCCAAUUAAGAAAUGCCAUACUCUUUAUUUCAUGACCACCUUUCAUCUACAGAUGUUUCUACAUUUGUCUGAUAUGCAUGAGCAAUUUAUUUCUUUUCCUAAAUGUGGGUGGUAACUCUGAUCUUACCUGCAGUUCAGUAUUGUAUGUAAAUUCUUACACGUACUCAGUGUUUCAGUGUAAUUGAAAUUUCUUUUUUAACAAAACAGUUCCUGUAGUAGUCUGCUAUAAGCUUCUAAUGUUUCUUAAAAUCUUUUUUUGAUUAUAGCAAACUUACAUACAGAUAUUUUCCUCAUUUGUUAUUGUAGCUUUUGUAUCAUUUCAAAUAUUGUGUUUUAUUUUAUCUGAAAGAAGUGUAUGUAUGUGAAUAGCUCUUAAAUUUCAACAAAAAAAGAUGAAGAAUUUAAUUCUGUAUCAGUAGGGAAAAAAGUUCAAUCAUUUCAUUUUAUAAAGUAGUUACUCUGCUAGAGCUAAGGCAUGACUCGUUUUUACUUAACGUGAUAAUUUUCAAAGCACAGAGUUUGACAUUCUUUGUAUAUUGUGACUUUUCUAUUUUAUUUCUAAACUAUACUCCUACAGGUGUUAACACUGUCUGUUACCAUUACUGCUGGUGCUGGUUAGUUGUAGAUAGAGCAUUAAUUUUCCAAACUGAAUAUUACUCUUUCUGCUCUGGUGAAGUUCCCUUCAACUAAAGGAUUCAGUUCCUUCAGCGUGUGCUAUUCCUUUAGAAGGGUAUUACAGUUUUACAGACUUAAGCUUUUUUACAGGUCUCUUUCAUUCCUACUUCAUUUGAAAAGCACCUUUUAACUGGUCCAACAUUCAGAUCCUCAUCAGUCUGUUAAUUUGUUUGUAAGACACAAAGGAUAUCUAAAUUCUGGAGAAACUUCAAGUAAUAAGUGUUCAGAAGGAAGGUGUUAAUGCAGUUUAUAACUUCUGUUGAUUGUAUGGUCAGGGUUGGGGCAGACAACAAAUGGAGGCUAUUGAGAUCUAUAAGCUUACAUGGGACAUGCCUUCUGUGUAUUUAGAUGGCUGUUUCAGAAGAAGGAUGGAGUGAGUAUGCAGGUAGAGCAAAAUUCUGUUAAUGAAAUUUGAGGGCUUCAGACUAUUUGCAAAAUUACAAAAGUAAUACAUUUUGGUGGAUCCUGUUUUCUGUCAUGUCCCAAACCUAUAGUUAGAAUGGGGCUUGAAAAAAAAUGGCUUUGUUACUCCCUUUGUAUUUUGGAUUGGUCCUUCGUCCUGUUCAAAAACUAAUGAUUACUAAAGAAAUGUUUUUAUGUAACGAUAGUUACUUUCUCAGUGAACACAAUUUAUCAUAAAUAGGCCUGUGGAAAUAUUUCUUUCCCCUUAUUUCACUGUUAUUACUAGUGAGUAGUUCAAGUGGGUGAAGAUUUUUGCAGAAAUAACUUUUUUUUCUUCUUCUUUUGUUUUAAAUCUGGCUUGUCUGUGAUAGAGCAAGUAGGUUCCUCAGCUGGGCUCUGUACUUUCUGAGGGUUCAGUUAUGCUGAAAAAUUGAAUGUUUGUCUAACUAGUCUUGUAUUAUAAUGUACAGUAUUUGUAUUAAAUUGUUUCCUUGUGAGCUCACAAAAUGCUUUUGGAAGCUAAAGGCAGAAAUGUACCACUGUUAUCACUGCUCUUACAGUAAACAGUAUGAACUCUGUAAAUUCUGCAACAUUCUACGUUUAAUUUUUUACAAUUUUUUAUAAUUUAAAAUGGUUCUUCACUACAGACUUUUUAUGAUUGCAAUUUCUUAACAAAAAGACCCCUCAAGUUAAUUUUUUCUAGUUCUAAUAUCUUUUUCUAAUGCUGGCAUUAUACUAGUAUUUUCUAACAGUUCAAAUUUUCUAAGGCCUUUCUGACAAGGUUUUACUUCUGUUUUUCUAUUAUCAGUUCAUUAAAUUUCUCAGCACUGAUCAAAUUUUUUAAGUGUGUGUGUAUAUGUAAGUAUGUUUGAAAUGUAUAUAUACUAGAUACUUUGAACAUUAACCCAACCCAGGUUUCUGUUUGUCAGAUAAUCUUUUAAUAAUUACCUUUUCUUGCAAUAAUCCACUGGAAAACACAAGCUUUUGUAUGAUUUAGUGUGUUUGGUUAGUAUUCAUUAAGGAUUUUUAAUUAGAAUAUUUGUAAACAAUAAGCCACCAGCUAUAGAAGUUCACAAAAAGGCUAAACAAAAUUGUUUGUUUUUAACAACAUUUGGUACCUCUCUAGCUCCAGAAAUCAUGUCCAUUUCAAAUGAUAAGAUUUCAGUAGAGCAUUUAAAAACUUGUUUAAACUCUACAGUUGCAUGCACUAAUGGAGGGCACCAUAGUUUUGGGGUAUGUCGUUUGGUUUUUUUUUCUAGGCAAUGUGCAGGUCUGUUAAAAACAGGUUUAACCUUUACCAGGUUUGCCUUUUUGUUUUAAUUUUAUACUAGAAGUGAUUUCAGCAUGACUAAAGACCGCACUUUACGUCUUGUAAUAGACAAAUGUAUGCAAUGAUGAGUAAAGCUGUGUGUUAACAUACAAUUCUCUGGGUUGUUUAAAUUAUGCAAAAAUAUGUAUUUUAAAAGCCAGAUGGAGCAAAGUUAGGUAGCUGAUCCACUCUCACAAAAGCAGUAAGAAUAUCACUUCAAAGCAUUUCUAGCUAAGGAACAUGAGAAUAACGUUAGUGGGUGCAAUAUUGCUUGAAUGCUAUAGGGAAUUAUCAAGCACUUGUAAUCCAAAGCAUGUUAGUCAUGUUGCUUAGAACUCGAAUUCACUGGUAUCUUAUGUAUGAUGUACACUUGGCAUCUGUGAGGAUGCUGCCCUAGUGGCAGUUGUGACUGUACACAGUGUUGUUUAGAACCCAAUUAAAUGAGGACGCUCUGGAAGUGUCAUUCAUUUGUCAGAAUAGAGAAUCUAUGUAACUUUCUAUUUGUAUUUAUCUCAAUAAAUUCUGUGACUGUUUUA